ACGAAUAAGAAUACGCUCUCUCUCUCUCUCGCUCUCUCUCUCUCUCUCUCUCUCUCUCUCUCUCUCCUCUUGUUUCUUCUCCUCCGCUCUGUCUCAUCCUCGUCUCGCUGUUGAUCCGUCUCUAAAAUGAUCGCAGACGCACAUCAGAUGCUCAGGAUUCAUGUACCUGGAGGCUGGAGCUGAACUCGACGAUGUCAUUUGGAUGUAAAUAGGUUACCCGCGUGGACAGAGACGACACAGAAGCUAGCUUACCUGACCUUACUGAAGCUUUAGUUAUUGUUCUGAUAAGCAAAUCACCAUGGAUCUGUCAUUUAUGGCCGCGCAGAUCCCUGUGAUGACAGGAGCCUUCAUGGACUCAUCGCCUCACGAUGACUACAGCACGGAUCACUCUCUGUUCAACUCCUCUGCUAGCGUCCACGCCGCCGCUCUCGCAGCUCACAACCAACAGGAGGAGCAACAGCCCAUGUCCCGAGAUGCCAUAUGGCUGUGGAUCGCCAUCACCGCCACCAUCGGAAAUAUUAUAGUGGUGGGCGUUGUUUAUGCCUUCACGUUCUGACCUCUAGAAUGAAACCUACUGAACUUUGGAGAUAAAUUCAUCCCCAAAUAUGGGGCGCCGGGGCCCUCAUCAGACGAACAGUGUGUGCAAUCGUUCAAGAAAACAAAAAAAAUGUACACGGUGUUAGUUGUUUAUUUUUUAUGCAGAACAGUAUUUAGAAGCUCCAGAAAUUGUUUUGUAAUUUUCAUGUUGAAAACUUUUUAACUAGAUUGUUUAAUGCUAACGCGAGGAAAAACCACUGAUUUCAUUUUUCCGAGUGACUAAUACUGCCAGACUUUUGCCAAAUAAUUUGUAUGUGUUUUUGCUUUUAGUAUGUAAUAACAAAUGCUUUAUUAAGCUUUAAAUGUCUAGAGGGCAAACGCUUUCUGGAAGUCAUCCAGCUACCUUUUUAGAGCAGUGAUGAGGAAGUUGAAAUGAAUCCCAAACCUAAUUUGUAAAAGUAACCACAAAAUAAUGUAAAAGCAGGAAGUGCAAUAUGUAAGUGCCCAGGAAACUAAACCCUUUUUUUCUUAUUAAACUAUUUAGUCUUGUUCUGAAACAGAGAUAAUAAGUGAUAAAAGCACUUUUUUUUUUCAAUUUUUCAGUAACACUUAACAAUAAGGUCUCAUUUGUUAACAUUAGUUAAUGUAUUAAUUAACAUGAACUAACAAUAAGCAAUACAUUUGUUAAAGUAUUUAUA